CCACAAUGAUCGGAAGACUGGCUGUUUUGGUUCUUAGUACAGUGUACCUGAGUCGAACUGAAGAUGUUUCUCACCAGGUCUCUGUGACUUUGGUUGAACUUGGUGGGAAUGUUACUUUGGAAUGUACAGUUUCUGAGAAGGAUCUCCAAUUCUCUUACUGGUACAAGCAGCCUCUUGGAUAUAUGGUCCAAACAGUAGCUACUGUUAAGUUGACUCAACAAACACUCAGUUCGCAAUUUAACAACUCACGUUUCAAAGUCACAAAGGGGAAGACUCAGUAUUUUCUUACCAUCAGAAAUAUCAUCAAAGAGGACGAAGCAACAUAUUUCUGUUUCAGUGGAUCAGCGUAUUCACACACUUUUGUUAAAGGAAUCUUACUGGCAGUAAAAGAUCGUAAUGAGCAGAAAUCUCUCUACGUGAAACAAAGUCCGGAGACUGAGUCGGUCCAGCCGGGCGGCUCAGUGACUCUCCAGUGUUCACUUCUCUCUAAGAACAAAGAGAACAGAGUCCAGUGUCCAGGUGAACACAGUGUGCACUGGUUCAGAUCUGGAUCAGGAGAAUCUCAUCCAAACAUCAUUUACACUCACAGUGAUAAACAAGAAGAAAGAAGUUGUGACUACAGUCUGUCAAAAACUAUCCAGAACUCCUCUGAUACUGGGACUUACUACUGUGCUGUGGUCACAUGUGGAGAGAUCCUGUUUGGUGAAGGAACCAAAGUGGAGACAAGAUCAAAACUGGAACUAGUUGUCAUCGUGCUUGGAGUCCUGUUGGCCUGCUGUGUGACUGUGAUUGUCCUCCUUAUUUUGUUUGUAAAACGAAGGAGAGUUUGUGAACAUUGCAAAGCAGCGACAAGUGCCGCCGGUAAUCCUGGACAUGACAAGUCGACAGUGGAUCAAUCAACCGACCUGGAUGUUGACGGAGAUGCAGUUAACUAUGCAGCACUGAAUUACUCCACGAGGAAAGUGAAAAGAGUGAAAAAAAGAGAGUCUCCAUCAGAGUGUGUGUACUCUGCUGUGCGAGCAGACUACCACACACAGCUCCACCUGUAGGCGGAGCAAGGCCUGCAUGUGAAAUGAACCCCCACAUGUCUCCAUCGGGUUGGACUUUGCUCAGCUUUGCUUUUUGUUUAUAACAAAUGCCAUGAAGUUCAUUUUUCUUCUAUUUUGGUUUUAAAUAAGUGCUUCCUAUAGGUCAAGUUCAUCUUGUGACAAAUGUCAGCUUGCUUGAAUGUGACAAAGUGGGUGCAUAAGUGGAUGACUGAGAAAAGAUUAAAUUGAAAUAAAACGUUUUGCACACCAGUACCUGAGGAAUGAAUUUGUGAGUUUGCCAUAUGAAAAGUUGUAUUUACUUAGU